GCGAGCGGUUCAAUGUGAACGAUCCGCGUUUCAGCCGCUUUUCGAAAUUGAAUUUGACGAGAUAAAAACCGCAAAGGCAAAGAACACCGCAAAAAACGAUGUAAACAAAGGGAUUACAAAGAAAAUCUAUGACAAUGCCAGUGCAUGCUGCACAGAAAACAUAAACUCAAAACGAAACGGGCACUUGUAUGUGUACACAGUGAAAUCAGCUGGACAACAAGAGUAUUUUGCAAUUGCCUUGGCUUAUUUUGUGCCACUUGCUGUUGUCGAUUUGCUGUGAAAUUAACACUCUUUCUAUUGAUAGUGAUGGGAAGUUUCUGUUUGGGUGUACCGGGGUGCAAGUCCAGUUAGGUGCUGUUGUGCCAAUUCUGCCGCUUUAAGUGCCAAAUAUUCAAAGUGAACUAAAACAAAAACAAAAAUACAAAUCCACACAAACAAUUAUGGGCAGACAGUCACUUGUCUCAAGUGUUUGGCUUUUGUCCGGAGUUUUAUCACUAACAUUCGCUGGAGCAAAUGCCUACGGAUUUGGACGUUGCCCGAAUUACCCAUCGAUGCCAAAGUUCAAUAUGAGUCGGGUCCUGGGCCAUUGGUUCGAGGUGGAGCGCUCCUUUUACCUUCCAGAAAUCGCCUCUGGCUGCACCACCUUUCAGUUUGAGCCCUACAACAAGGCGGAACUAUCCAAAUUCGCCAACUUUAAGUUGGCUGUGGCCAUCAAAAACAUCAACCGCAUAACUGGUAAUCCUAAUGUUAACAUUGGCUAUGCGACGCCGGAAAAUAGUCGAUCUUCCAUUAUGGAUUUUAAGUUUACCACCCGUUUUCCGGAGGUAAUUGCCAGACUGCUCCCUGGCUCUGGAAAGUACCAGGUUCUCUACACGGACUACGAUAACUUCGCCAUCCUGUGGUCCUGCGGCAGCAUCGGCUCCUUGGGUCACUCCGACCAGAUCUGGAUCCUGGGACGUGGUCGGGACUUCGAGGUGGACAUCCGCUCCAAGGUGUACGAUGUGUUGAAACGACUGUCCCUGGAUCCGGAGAGGCUGAUCAUCAGCAAAAACAAAAACUGCCCAGAGGCGCUGUAAAAGGCGCCUUUACCGGCUCAUCCCCCUC